AGAAAGCUAGACGACUCUGACAGCACAACUAAUUAAUAUCCGAUUUUCAGUUUUAUUUGUAUUGCGCUUUGAGACAAUGGACAUUUUCUCAAAGCAGCUUUACAGAAAGAUAUAAACACAGGAUAGAGAUUUUAAGCAUGUGAAUUUAUCCGUAUUGAGCGAGCCGGUGCUGACGGUGGUGAGUGUUCUCACAUGCAACACUAUCGGUUCACUGCUCCAUUCUCAUGAAUGCUGUAGUGUGUGCAGGAGUUACAGAACCUUGUUCUCAUUUUUAAUGACCACGCUGUCUGAUACUGCUCAGGCGUUUUGGUACAAAGCCCCAUGUGAAACUAUGUGAGGUAAUGACCCCAAUGUUGAGAACUUGCUAGAAUAACCAGGAUGUGAUUUAUGCUACAGUCAGUAGGGUUUAUCUUAAACUACUUAAAGUAAACAAAAUGCCAAUAACAAGUAUCAAAACUGCAUUUUUAAAUAGCAUCGUCAAGUACCAUCUGUCACUGGUGGUACACUUCAGAGUCUGUCUUUUAAAUAUCUUUUGCCCCAAAACACUGGCACUGACCUAAAAGCACUUCAUUAAACUUCUUCUAUCAGAGAGGUUCCAGCACACAGGACUGAUAGAGCUCCAGUACAUCAUAUCUGUAAAGUCAUGUGACUCAUCACAGCAUCAGAAUAGACAAGAAUUCACUGUGAGCUUCACAUCUCAUUACAGCUAAUGGACCAAUCAAAUCAGUCCACAGCUUCAAAACAUCCAAUCAGGCGUGAGUCUGGACCUGCUUUUCUACUGAACUCACAAGUUCAUUACCUCACUAUCACUUUGUCUAAACAGGAACGAUGAUCACACUCUUUGUCGCGCUUUACUCUCUUUUUUCUCUCUGCACAGCUGUAAAAACUUCUGACAUCAAGGAGCUUCAUAUGAAAACAGUAAAGCGUGGAGAAGAUGUAACUAUGGAGUGUAGCAUGAGCAAGGGCAAAGACAAAAAUAAUUUAGCUUGGUACAGACAGAGUUUUGGAAAAGUGCCUCAGUAUUUUGUAAGAUAUUACGGGACUAAUAGCUACACAUUUGCAGAGGGAUUUAAACAUAGCCACUUCAGUAUGACUGUAAAUGACCAGAAGUUUGAUCUCAACAUUAUCGGAACGAGAGAAGAUGAUGGAGGAGAAUAUUUAUGUGGAGAAGUGGAGGGAAAUUCAAUAAAGUUCACAUCUGGAACACGUCUGCAAUUUGAAGGUGAAGAGAUGAAACACUGUCCUACACCUGGAACGGUUAACAUCAACACAGAUUCUGUUACAGGGUCCAAUGAGGGUUCGAAGAGCAGUGAUGGAAAAGGAGACAACUUUUGGAUUAUUGUCUUAACGACCUCCAUUAUAAUAUCUCUUAUUGUAAUCGUGUUUCUGCUUGGAGUUUUAUAUAAAAAUCAGAGAAAAGGUGCUUCAUCAAGAAACCAUCAAACUCCCACCAAUCAGGCUGAUGAUGAAGAUGUCUUGAACUAUGCAGCUGUGAGUUUUGCUAAGAAACCUUCAUCCUCCAGAACAUCCAGAGACAAGAGCCAUGAAGACGUUUAUGCACAAGUUAAAAUAAAAUAGAUAAAGACAAAUGACUUCAGACUUGAAACACAACCAAAAUGUAAGUGUUAAUGCUGUUUCCAUGGUGACUCCUAACAUCAUUCAUCUACUGAUUUGCUUCACUUGAUGGAUGAAGCUUUAAAAAAUAUUUCUGAUCAAAAUCCUACAUCCUGCUGUUU